AUACGCAUAAUGUGUUGACUAUUACGCUCUAACGGUAUAAAAAGUUCACACGCGGUUGUGUAUUUCGUUGGAUUAUUUCAUUGUGAAAAAUAUCAAUUUCGUUAUUAAAAUAUGACGAAAAUUAAGAAAGUAAAGCGAAGAAAGAAGUAUCGUGUGAAUGUAAAUCGAAAAAGACUACGAAAUAAGUUACAAAAGUUACCCACGAUAGAAUGUGAUACAAUAAAACAAGAAUGGGAAAUUUCUAAAUCUACACGCACUAAUCUCAAUGAGAUGGGUUUAGCAUAUGAUCCAAAUGAAGUAUUGCCGAUUCCUAAUGUAAAACGGGAUUUACUAGAAGAAGCUAAACAAAAAUUUAUGUUAAGUGAUUUACAAAAUGAUAGUGAAGCCGAUGACGUAGAUACGGAAAACAAACCAGCUAAAAUUCAUGUAGCUCAAGCUUUAGAAAUUGAUGCUAAAACACCUAGGGAAAGAAUGUUUCGAUUACCUAAUGGUCAAGUACAUUUUAUCACUUAUUUAUUAGACAAAUAUGGUGAAGAUUAUAAGGCUAUGGCACGCGAUAAGAAGAAUUAUUAUCAGUUAACUUGGAAACAAAUUCGUGCUAAAAUAAAAAUUUUUAAAGGCAUUCCAGAACAAUAUAACGAAUAUUUAUCUAAGAAAAAUGCAACAUAAUGUUUAUUCUACCAAAUGUAGAAUUUCUGUAUUUCUAUAAAGUACGAGAUUUUGUAUAAAAAUCUGUAUAUUUAUUAUACGCGACUAAGAAUUAAUUUUUAUCACACAUUUACAUUUAAACAUUUUACUUAAUAAAGAAUGAAAAAAGAAAGGAAUGCAAUAAAUAUUAUACAUGACUUAUACAAACAUGAAUAUAUCCCAUCAGAGCAAUAUGACAAUACUGUAUUGUUUUACUUUAUAUUUUAAAAACAAGAUCUGUUUAAUCAUUGUUAAGCGUUUUGCAGCCUUUUUUUUU